AAGCCAUAACUUUACUGAUCUUUGUGAUCUUGCACUGGGCGAAAAGCGAUACUGGAAUUAGCGGAAAAGACGACUAGCUUCUCCCACGCUAUCAAGCUUCUUGGGUUUCCUUCGCACCUUUCCUGUGUCCGUGACCAGUUCCUAGUUCCAGCGAGAUGAAACGUCGACCACCCACCGUUCGAGCGGACACACAUCACGUUCAGUUUAACUUGCCAGCAGCCACGCGCCCAGCGGAUGCACUUAACCACAACCCUUAUGUAGAUUCAUUCCCGCGCACUUCCCCUUUGUCACCAUAUUAUGGCGCCAGUUUUCCUCCCUCAGGUCCACAGGUGCAAGCUCGAGGCGGUUCAUUUUUGAGCGGCAAUCGGGACUUUCGAAGAGGCACUCGCCAGAUUACCCCUCAGAGAACGACCAAGACAACGCAGAAGCUGGUGCUCUUUCCCGACGACACUGGCCCGUUAGCCCCUUCUCAACCUACGCCUGGGAUUGAUGACAAUGAGCAGCAACCAUGGUAUCUGAGCUAUAACGAAGUAGUAGUACCAGAUAUCGUCCCCGACGCGGCUCGAACGGAGGCGGAACGUAUGAGUAAGGAUCAGCGAACAAAAAUGCCCCGAGUCACCAGCUACUGCAUUGCGGAAGGUUACAAAAUCGGCGAAAUAUCCAAAUUCUUGCGAAAUACCCAUCAGGUCUCAACUAAAAAGUAUGAUGAGUGUCUUUAUGUAUAUUACGAGCCGGAAGCCCAAGCCCGAUUUGCUGGACCACACCCCGCCAAAGCGCGACCAAUGAAGAUGACCGCUACGGUAAACGACGUACUGGCGAGCUCACCCCGAUCGACGGCCUUUUUACCUGGGAGCUAUGCGGAAUUCCCGGAAAUACCACGUUUUCAUCACGAUGAAAGUCAACCAAUACACGUAGACUCGUAUGAGGAAACACCUUCCCAGCCUGCUUGGAUGCUUCGCGGUGAAGUGUUUAUUUUCGACUAUGGUGUCGCAGUGUUUUGGAAUUUCAGCGAAGAAGAGGAGACCGCAUAUCUCAAGAUAAUACGGAGAUGGGCGGUUGGAAUGCUCCCUCCUGAUGAUGUCCAGAAUGAAGAUUUCCAUUAUCAAUACGACUUAUCUGGGCCACAUCAACCUCGAAUUUUCAAUGACAUGAUAACUUUGAAGAGUGGGAGUUCACUUAUUAAACUGACUAUUUCGCACGGUCUCGCACAGUCGGUGAAGCUGGCUUUCUUUGAAAACGUGAUGGAGGAGACGAUUGACGGCACGAUUCCUCUGCCACGUACUAUGGCGCAGCAUGGUGAGGUCAGGAUGACUCGAACGGACAUUAUGAAGAUUGUCGGACAGCUCUUCAAAUUGAGGAUGAACGUGAAUCUGAUCAGCAAUGUUCUGGAUACCCCCGAGUUGUUCUGGAGUGAACCUGAGCUUGAGGGCUUGUACAAUGCCAUAAGAGGUUACCUCGAAAUAUCGCAGCGAGCCAAACUCCUAAACACUCGUGCCGACAUCAUCUCAGAUCUCUUGGAUAUGUUGACAGAACACAUGAACUCGAACGAGAUGACAUAUAUUACGUGGAUUAUCAUCAUUCUCAUUGUCAUGGCAGUUAUCAUUGCAGCCGGGGAAGUGUGGGUUAAAGCGCUACGGUUGCGGGCUGGGAUGGAGGAUUGAAACAAAACAGUGUAAUCGUGUACAUAAGUGCGCCGUGCGGGACUUAUCCGGCACGGGGAUGCAAGUGGCCUGCGGAUUCUUGUCUGAUGUCAACGUGCAUUGGAUCGUUGUAUUAUAUAGAAAUAUAUUAUCUAGCUCUCGA